UUGUUCCCCCACACCCCAGCGAAUUUCCUUCUGAGCAGCUGUAAUGUAUUUCCUCAUUUUGCCCCAAAUCAGGAAUUAGAUGAAGGUGAAGGAAACACUGUUGCCCAAGUACUUUGAAGACCUCCAGUCCUCUAUCUUCUUGCCUGUCAGAAUGUCUGGACGUGGAAAGAAAAAAGUAGCGGCUGGCAACCCUAGAAGUGCAUCAAAGAAAAGCAAAUCAGCCAAGGCAGGUCUGCAGUUCCCCGUGGGCCGUAUCUACAGGCUGCUCCGAAGAGGGAAGUAUGCCCAUAGGAUUGGUUCUGGUGCUGCCAUCUACCUGGCUGCAGUGAUGGAGUACAUGGCAGCAGAGGUCCUGGAGCUGGCAGGGAAUGCUGCACGUGAAAACAAGAAGACGAGGAUCCUGCCCAGGCACAUUCAGCUGGCUGUGAGAAACGAUGAUGAGCUGAACAAGUUCUUUGCCUGUGUGACCAUUCCUCAAGGCGGGGUUAUGCCUAAUAUCCUUUCUCAGCUCCUUCCGAAGAAAACCAGUAGAAAUGUUUCUUCUUCUCAAGAAUAUGGUGGUGGUAGCCAGUGAAACUUGCUUUUCCUGGUCUGCUCUGCACACUUAUGGAUGAUAGGACUCAGCACUGCUAAUAUGUAUGUGUUUACUUCUUUGUCAAGUAUUUUGCUUGCUAAUUUUAAGGCAUUUUUAAAGCAUGUAAUAAAGUUUCUAGAAUGCAA